AUGAUCAUGGAAAUCAAAGAUCAUAGAAUUUUAGAGACCCCUCUUUGUCCUGCUGUCGAUGUUAAUAUCGAGAAUAUCAUGAAUGAAAGCCCAAAAGAGUGUUCAAACCUCAAGAUAUACGCUCUCAAGUCGAGUAAUGGCAUCGGAGACUUCAGUUGGAAAAGAUCAGUAUUACCGUACGGCAAAGGCCCAUAUCCACAUUACGCAAAUGUUAAUCAUCAUCCAGCUCUCACCGUCGCUACAUCCUACUUCGGCCUCUGUUUAUCUAUCUUCACCAUCGCAUCACACCAUAAAGGGGGGAUUGAUGUCCAGUGUACUAUGAGUGACUUUUGGCCCACUCGGUCAUGGAUUUGUAUGAUUCCGGCCUCAUUUGCUUCUGCAGUUGCUUUACCAUUGUUCAUGGAGGCACUUACACAUAUGUCAAGUCUCCCUGUUUUGGUGAUGCUCUUCCACUAA